AUUGUGGAGAAUUUAAGUUUGGGAGAAAAUAAACUCAUGAACGUAAAAAUGUGUUUUAUGGUUUUAUAAACAGUGUUUGAUAACAGUGUUCAUCACUGUUUAUCGCAUAAAGUUUCUAAGUAUCCAUAUCUUUAAUCUUGUUAAUCAUAAUUUGCAAUGCUUAGAAACUUGAUUCUCAAACAUCACUGUUUCUAUCAAACAUUGUUUAGGUUCUCUAACACUUGGUUUGGCUCACCAUAGCUUCAUAUCUUUUGCAUCUUAACAUGUCUUAAGCAUUAAUGGAAUGGGGUAUCAUCUUUCUUUGCGUAUGUCAGCUACCCAGGACAGUUGACUAUGCAACUUCUGUAUUUUGCCAUACCUAUCAUAGUUAUUGCUCUGUCCUGUAUAACUGGUCCUAGGUGACACCACAGGAAGGAAAUGCACGUCCUUUAUGCAGAGGACAGUAUCAGUUUUCUAGGAAAGGAUAACAAUUAAAAGUGAUGGAGUUGAUGUAGAAGGGUGACCUCCUUUUGGAUAUGUGUAUAAAAUAUGAGGGGUGACUUUUAAAAGAACAAACAUAUGUAAGUCACUAGUUAACCCCUUGUUUAGAGGAUAGAUAACCAGAUGUCAAAGAGAAAAACAACUACCAGACUUUUAGAAGACAUCUGAAGGCAGCCCUGUUUAGGGAAGCUUUUAAUGUUUGAUGUAUUAUAGUAUUUUAAUAUUUUUUUGGAAGCCGCCCAGAGUGGCUGGGGAAGCCCAGCCAGAUGGGCGGGGUGUUAAUAAUAAUAAUAAUAAUAAUAAUAAUAAAUUUAUUAUUAUUUAUUAUUAUUAUAAAGGACCAUCAAGGCACUUUCUUGUACAAGAUUCAGAAUACAGAAUCUUAAUUUAUGUUGAAUCUGAGCUGGGUAUGUGGAGGAGGAGGUUUGUGGUGUUUGUGAAGAAUUGCAAUCUGAUCUUUCGAAUGUGACGCAUUAGGCUUUUGCCGAUGUUGCUCAACAGCAUCCCUGAGAAGACGAGACAGGUUAAUUGCUUAUUGCUUAUUGCUUGGGUGGUAACAAAAUCUUUCACAGCAGAUGAGUUUUCUGGCAUGCUCAAAAGCUAGUGCAUCAGCACAUAUGGUUCAUGAAGGAAUUUCCCUUUAGGCCUAUGUGACAGAUAAGUACUAGUACAGUAACUCUUGCCUAAGCCAUCCCUGUAAAAUUCAGUAAAUGUAGUUCUUACCUUUACCUCCUCACAAUCUCUUUUUUUUUGGAGAAGGAUUAUUCAGCCUUGUAAUUACACAGUCGCCUGACCUUAUGGCAAGCAAGCAAUGCCUCCAAGUAGUGCAUAUUUUCUCCUGCUUGGCCUACUCUGGAGGGGGAGGUACAGCAAUAUAUUAUGGCAGCUGCUGUUUCUUCUCCUCUCCAUGUCCACAGUGCUAAGAUUCAGGCAGGCAGGAGUGUCAAGCGACAGUUGCCAUGUCACUGUAUUCAUUUUGCCACCUUUAAACUUUGUGGUGGAAGUCCGCGUCGCAUGAGUGUGAGAUGAACUGAUUCCAUAGCACGGUGCUGGGUUUCCCCAGUGCUGGGUUUUGGCAGAGUAUAUGGAAGACUGAAAGAAGAUAAACUUGCAGAGUAAGUGGCACAGAGACCCCGCCCUGAAAAGCUGGUAUUGUAAAUGCAUUAUCUGCUAGAUAAAUGCUGUUUGCGUGGGAUCCGAUUGAGUUCAGCAGGUUCAUUAAUGUGGCACACAAGUUAAAGAUCUACUGAAUUCCAGUGGCCCAGCUUGUACCAUCGGUAACUAGAUUUUGACAACCGAGUAUAAGUCUUCUAUAUCUGUGUUCCUGGACAGGUGCUGUUUACUUUCAAGCUCUGCAUAAUCAGUGGUUUAUGCAGAGAAGUGCACGCCUUCAGAUUUUUGCAACCCUAUUUAAGGCCUUUUCCUGGGUGGCAAUUUAUGAUUAGUGAAGCAUUUGAGAAUUACCGUAUUUUUCGCUCUAUAAGACGCACCAGACCACAAGACGCACUAGUUUUUGGAGGUGGAAAACAAGAAAAAAAAAUAUUCUGAAUCUCAGAAGCCAGAACAGCAAGAGGGAUCGCUGUGCAGUGAAAGCAGCAAUCCCUCUUGCUGUUCUGGCUUCUGGGAUAGCCGCACAGCCUGCAUUCGCUCCAUAAGACGCACACACGUUUCCCCUUACUUUUUAGGAGGGAAAAAGUGAGUCUUAUAGAGCAAAAAAUACGGUACAUGCUGCAGGCCCCCAGUGUGUUUUGUGGCAGUAGAAACAUCGUGGGUCUGUCUCCAUACCUGAGCCUCUUCCAUCAAUUAUUCUGUGUAGUUUAUCUCCUCAGUUCUGUUAUAACUUAAGUAGGGAUUGGAGAAGCAAGUGAUGGCCAUUACCAAGUACAGUUAACACAUUUUAAAAUCCAGGUACAGGUCAGGAUAAGGAUUAAGGGGUUAAGCCAGAGGCUAUGUGGAAAACGUGGGGUCACCUAUGUGAACAGUUAUUCUCUUGUGCAUCUGUAUUGAUUAGUGUAAGAGAACUUGCAGAUGAGUCUCUGAAGAUAAAAUGGGUUAUCCUCAACUGUGUUACUUUCUAAUUUCUGGAGAGAGCAGUGGGAAAUGAAGUUAGGAAUAGCAUAGUUUGAAGGUUGCUUCUUUGCAUUACCGGGUGCGUGGAACCCAGAGGCUGUGGCACCCUUGAAUUUCUUACUUUGAGUAGAAGAUUGCCUUGCCGCAUCACAAACCGCUUAUAUAAAAGUCCUCCGAGUUUGAAAAGUUACUUUAAAAUGCAGGGAUGGGUGGGUGUAGGAAUCGCAGUUUGAGAAUCACAAGCCACAGGCAGCCUUAAAUUUGCAAAACUGAUUGCAUUGCCGCCUAGAUCUCAGCUACACUUAAGUUCCAGAAGCAAAACCAUUUUUCCUUGAGCUUUGAAGAAUUCAGUUUCUUAAUAAUACAUAACUUAACAUUGCUGUUUAUUACUACCAUCCUCUGUCAGUUGUGCUGUCUAUGUUGAACCAUACUGAAAGAUGCAAAAUAUGACCUUUCUUUUGGAAAGAAUUUUUUUUACAGUACACUGUGUGACGGAUAUACUUAUUGAUAAAUGCUUAAUGUGUAUCUCUCUUUUACUAGUUUCUCAAACAGCUAGGGAUUCACCCCAGCUGGCAAUUUGUGGAUGUUUACGGCAUGGAACCAGAACUCCUUAGCAUGGUGCCAAGACCUGUUUGUGCCAUCCUUCUCCUCUUUCCAGUAACAGAAAAGGUAAUUCUUAUUUAUCUUAUUUAACUUUGGUGUCUUACAAAUGACCUAAGGAAAACAGGCUUUAGUAGGUUUAGAUCUUGGUCUGACGAACCAUGGUUUAUCAGACUAGAACAAAGCUAUGUUUCAUACACGCUCACUCCCAUUUUUCUCUUCAUGAACCUUGUUUGGGUGAAGAGACUCUAGCUUCUUUUCUUUUUUCAAAAAAUAUUUUUAAUUAAGAAUUUCAACAUAAUAAUUUUAACAAAGAUACAUCAUCCACAUUAUUCCCCCCCCCAGUUUUCCCCACCCCUCCCCCCUAGACAGAAACCCAUCCUCCCAACUUCCCUCAGCUCCUUUCUCUGGUUUCUCAACACAUAUUUUUAUCUGCAUGUUGUAAAAUUGUAAAGAUCCUCAGUUUGUCUAUCUAUAUAUUACCAAUAAAGAUUUUGUGAAUGUUUAUUCAAAACCUACCAAAGAGUUCAGUUCAUUUUGUUGUUUCUUCAAAUAUUUUACAAAAGGUUCCUAUUCAUCUUUAAAGUCAGUUAUCCUUGUCACAUAGUUUGUAUGUCAGUUUGGCCGCAUAGUCCAUCAGUUUUUCUUGCCACAGUUCUUUCGUCGGGAUUUCUUCAUUCUUCCAUCCUUGUGCUAUUAAGACUCUUGCCACCGUUGUCACAUACAUUAAAAUAUUUUUAAAUUUCUUUGGCAGAUCUUUCCCCACAAUCCCUAACCAAAAAGCUUCAGGUUUUUUUCACAACUGUUAAAUGAAACAUUUUCUUUAACUCAUUAUAUAUCAUUUCCCAGAACAUUUUAACUUUACUGCAAUCCCACCACAUAUGAUAAAAAGUCCCUUCUUUUUCCUUGCAUUUCCAACAUAGGUUUGAGCCUGUUUUAUACAUUUUCCCUAAUUGUACUGGUGGUAUGUACCAUCUAUACAUCAUUUUCAUGUAGUUUUCUUUCAGUAAAGAACAAUCUGUAAAUUUUAGGUCAAUUUUCCAUAACCUUUCCCAGUCUUCCAACAUAAUAUUGUGGCCUAUGUCGUGUGCCCAUUUAAUCAUAACUGCUUUCACCUCUUUGUCUUUGGUCUCUCAUUCUAACAAGAUACUGUAUGCACCUUUCAACAGUUUUACUCUCCCUUCUACCACUUCUUUUUGAAAUUUAGAUGUCGUAUAACUAAAUCCUUUCUUGUUGUCUUUGUAUGUUUCAUAUGAUUGUCGAUAAUGUAACCAACUCUGAAAAUGGUCUUUUAUUUCUUCGUAGUCUCUUAAUUUCCAUUUCCCAUCUUGAUCCUUUAACAGAUCAGUAUGUAAGCCACUUUCCUUUCUUUCCAAGUGGUUUGAGCAGCAAAGCUUCGUGUGGUGAUCCUUUAAUUGCAGAAGGAGGAUCUGGUGCUCCAGUUCUUCCUGUUUCCCUUGAACCCCUUCCACAAUUCCCUUCUUCUCUUAGUUCUCCUACCUCGUCUCUAACUUUUUCCCGUUUGUCCACCUUGGUUUCUAAUUUAUUAACCUUGUCUCCCAACAUCCCAAAUUGCUCUUUCAAAAGGGAGCAAAACUCUGUUUGAGUUUUCAAUAUCCUUGCGUAUUGGUUCAAUCAGUGUUUGUUUGGAUCGAGUAAAUUCCUUCCCCCCCCCCAAUUUUUUUUAUUGGUUUUCACAAUAUUAUAAACAAACAAACACAUAAGACAAACAAACAUAAAUCAUAGCCUUAUGGAAAUUUACACUUAUUAACUUUGUUAAAUGACUUCCCUGCUUCCCCUUGGUUGAAUUUCAUUGCAUAUCCUUUUAACGGUUUCCCAAAUCAUAACUCUUAUAAAAUUUAACUUAAACAUUAACAUCCUUAAAUCUUCACUUUAUGAAAUUAAACAUAUUAAUUCAUCACUUAACAUAAAUAAAAUCCUAAGCCAAUUAAGUAUCUGCAAGCUGUUUUCAGUUAAUUUAACUUAACAUAUUUAACUAAAUAAUCAUUAAAUUUAAUCCACUCUUCCUGAUACUCCUCCUCUGUCUGGUCACGGACUCUUCCGGUUAGGUUGGCUAUCUCCGAAAAAUCCAUCAUCUUCAUCUGCCAUUCCUCUCUCGUUGGUAAUUUUUGGGUUUUCCACCUUUUAGCUAACAAAAUACGAGCAGCAAUAGUGGCUCUGCAACUUUCUGAAUUCAGGAAAGAAAUGGUUCAAUCAAUGCAGGAAUUUACUCGAACUGCUGCUACUGCCACAACUGGAUCGAGUAAAUUCCUGCAUUGAUUGAACCAUUUCUUUCCUGAAUUCAGAAAGUUGCAGAGCCAGAAGGUCUGUCUGCUCUUUCUCCCCUUUCUCUCCAAUCUCUGCUUGUCCACUAGCCCUUCUACUGACUGCCGCAGCUGCAGCUGCUCCCCUCCUAGUUGUUACUGUACCCUCCUUGCCCACCAUGUCUUAUCAGUCGGUUCCCAGUGUUAUUUGAGAUGUUCAAGGUCACACCUGCUAGCCCAGUUCCCUCCAACAGUGAGACUUUCCCCCCUCCCAACUUCCUUACAGUUUCACUUUCCCUCUUAUCUGCCUCCUCCCUCCAGACAACAACAAAACUUAUAAUCAUAUAACAAAAGGAAGGCACAAACGAAAAGGGAAAAAAGAAAUAAAAACUUGCAAUAUAACAGGGGACAUAAAAUAUACAAUUAAAAGGGUAUCAAAUAAAAAAGACAGAAGUAAGUAAAAAAUAAUUUAAAAAUCCAGAAUACAGCCGAAAGGACAAAAUAAAUCAGUUCAGCUCUAAAUUGGUGUCUUUAAGAAACUAAAAUGUUCUUUAAUUUGUACUUAUCUGCUUGUAAUUGUCUCAAAUUGUAUUGGCUUACAAUAGUUCCAAAGUUUAUGUCUCCGUAUUAUUUCCUGUUUCUAAUUCCAUGGCAAGUUGUCUUAUUAUUUAAUUCAGUAAAGUGCUGGAGUUUGAAUCAACAGGUCCUUCUUGUCAGGCUCUUUCAGUCAAUUGGGGUGUAGAAAUUAGUUCGGAAGCUGUUCCAGGCUCUUUCCCACUUUCGGGGGUAUCCCCAGAUGUGCUAGGAGUUCCCUUCUGGCUUCCUUUAUUUCCUUUCUUUCCCCCUUCCUUUUUCAGCUCUCCCAGUUUAAAAGGUCUGCUCCAAUUCCUCCAGCUGUCAGUAGAUUUUUUUUACUUUAUAAUCCAACAGAUAACUUGAUGCAGUUAAGUGGUACCUCGCAAGACGAAUGCCUCGCAAGACGAAAAACUCGCAAGACGAAAGAGUUUUUUGUUUUUUGAGUUGCUUCGCAAGACGAAUUUCCCUAUGGGCUUGCUUUGCAAGACGAAAACGUCUUGCAAGUUUGUUUCCUUUUGGAUUUUCAAUGCAUUCCUAUGGGAAACCGUGCUUCACAAGAUGAAAAAUUCACAAGACGAAAAAACUCGCAAAACGAAUUAAUUUCGUCUUGCGAGGCACCACUGUACUGUAUAAAUCCUUUGAAUGUAACCAUUCAGCUAGUUAGAGUAAAAUGUAUCCAUUCUCCAUUGCUGUAGUCAGUCUCUAUAUCCUAUUCACAAAAACGUUCCUUUGCAGAGUUCACCCACAGAAAUCGGAAGCUGACUUGCUGUUUUGCUUCCGUUUCGCCAAAAGUUCAUGCGUGUUGCUCAGUGUGUAUAUUUAUUUAACAACAAAGUAUGUGGUUUUCCGCAAAAUAACUGUUUUUGUUGCUAUGAAAACCUAAGUUGCUUUAAUUUACUAACAUUACAGUCCUAACCAAUUUACCUUAGACCAAGCCACAUUUAAUUCAGCAGGGCUUUCCUCUGAGGAGACAUGGCUAGGAUCGCACUUGAAAUACUACUUUUUCCUGUUUUUUGUGACCAGGUUAGCCAAACCUUGGCUUAGCAAGACUGCAGGGAGGCACCCAAGAGGAGCCCUCAGCUGGUUUGCUGUUCCCUGAUUCUCCCCCCCCCCCCCCGCUGCUGUGCCAUGGUUUGUUUCAGCAUGAGCCAGCCCUUUGCAACAGUCCAAGUUGUAGUGUAUCUCAGUUGCUGAAAUCUGGGAAAGGUUUAAAUAUGUUUGGAAAUGUUAAACACCUGUACAAUAGGCUUGUUUGUUUGCUUUAGGAUAUUCUAAUGAUUUAUAUUCCUUGAGUUAGCUUGGUUGGGAGCAAAGGUUAAAACAUUUGUCAACUGAAGAGAUUGCAGGUAGAUUUAUAACAGAAUGUGCUGUAUAAUAGACACAACUAGCUGUCAUGUGCUUUGAAGAUUAUUCAACCAAUGAAGAACUCAGUAUAAUAGUGUAUAGACUUUAAGCAUGAGCUAGCAGAUGUGAAAACUGGCAAGGUUUAGUUUGCUUCAGUUGACAGUAGUUAGCUUUAGCUUGUGAUGUGCUCUUUGUAAAAGAAGAUGGUGAAUUUGUCUUACUAGCAGUGAAACUAGCCAUGCUAAGAGCAUAAAUUGAUGCAUGUUUACUGAGAGUAAAACAGUCAGCUAGACAAUCUAUAAUGUUUAGAAAGGUCUCCAGCUUACUAGUGGCAGUAUCUCAAAGCAAGAACAAACUUUAUUUUUAGGUUGUAUUGCUUCUUUUUGGCAAGGACUGCUUAUGUUAUAGAAUUAUUCUUUUAAAAAACAGAAUUGGGAAAAAAGCAAAUUGCUACGUGUUUUUUAUUCUUGCCUUCCAGUAUGAAACAUUCCGAACAGAAGAGGAAGCAAAAAUAAAAGCUGAGGGACAAGAAGUAAAACCAUCAGUGUAUUUCAUGAAGCAAACAAUCAGCAACGCCUGUGGAACUAUUGGGCUUAUUCACGCUAUUGCAAACAACAGGGAUAAAAUUAACUUUGGUAAAUACUUCAUUUCUACUGUGGUGCCUCUUAAUGGUUUGAAGGGUAGGGGGCGCUCCUGAACUGCUUAUUGCUUAUACUGAACUGCAGAAAACUUAGAAAUAAGCAAAAGUUGGCUGAAAUGCUCUUGGAAAACAAUUGCCACAAUAUGAAUAGCUGCAGCAGAAUAAAAUACAUAGCAAAUUCAGCAUGGAUUUUUAAGAUUAAUGUUGUCCUCAGUUCUUAACAGGUACUGUAAUUACUUAUGUUGUCACUUCAUGUGAAAUAAAUAAGAUGUGAUAAGUUCAGCAAUGUUUUUUGUUAUAGAGUUCAAAGUAACAUAUUUUAACAUAUUUUUAAAUUCACGUUAUUUUAUUUGUUCUAGAAACUGACUCCUCACUAAAGAAGUUCUUAGAUGACUCUAUGCCCAUGAGUCCUGAAGAGAGGGCCAAAUAUCUAGAAACUUACGAAGUCAGUAUCAUUCCUUAAUAUAAAUUUGGGAAACGGGAGUAUUUUGCUUUUAGGCCUAUGUAUGUCAAGCCAGAUUGCACAGGCUUUGGGUGGGGCAGUCAAUGCAGGGUUUUGGGUUCAUUUUUAUUAGGGUAGUCUUAAGAACUACAUGGGACGCGGGUGGCGCUGUGGGUUAAACCACAGAGCCUAGGGCUUGCUGAUCAGAAGGUUGGUGGUUCGAAUCCCCGCGACGGGGUGAGCUCCCGUUGCUCGGUCCCUGCUCCUGCCAACCUAGCAGUUCGAAAGCACAAAGUGCAAGUAGAUAAAUGGGUACUGCUCCAGCAGAAAGAUAAACAGCGUUUCCGUGCGCUGCUCUGGUUUGCCAGAAGCGGCUUAGUCAUGCUGGCCACAUGACCCAGAAGCUGUACGUCGGCUCCCUUGGCCAAUAAAGCGAGAUGAGCGACGCAACCCCAGAGUCGUCUGCAUCUGGACCUAAUGGUCAGGGGUCCCUUUACCUUUACCUAAGAACUACAUACAUUUGGCUGAAUUUUAUUAUCUCUCUCUCUCUCUGUGUGUGUAUGUAUAUAAGUGUGUGUGUGUGUGUGUGUGUGUGUGUGUGUGUACACACAUACACUGCCCUUUGUUGCUUGAAAGACAGUAUCAGUGGAAUAAAACGAAAGGCAGCAUCAUAGAAGCAUUCAAAUAUUUACACUUGGACUGCUCACACAUAUGCCUGAGUUCAGAGAGACAACUUCAUUAGCCAAAAGCCUCUCAAGGUGCACCCCAUUCCCACCCAAUCUGGCUGACCACAAGGCCCAGGCUGGAAGAUUUGGGAAGAGAUGCUCCUUCAAAUGGUUUGGUUUGAUGCUGUUAAGGGCUUUAUAUAUUAAUGCAUGCCAACAGCUCAAAUUUGGUCCUGUAACUGUAACAGAUAAGGUGCCUGUGCAGCAUCCAUGUGAUAAUGAGAGAUCCCUGAUCCAGUCCCUUGCUGCUUGCAAACAAGGUUUCCAGCACCUGUACAACCUUGUUUGAUGAAGAUGGUUUGGAUGGAUAUUGGUGUACUAGUGGCAUCACAGCCAGUAGGCACAGUUGGGGGCUCUUAAUCUGUGUUUUCUUGGUUUUGCUAGGAAACCAACACCUGUACUCUAGCUGCUGUCUAGCCUGGAGCUCCUCCGUCUCACUAUUCUGCAGUAAUGUCAGGGCUACACCAGUCAUGCCAACUGGAAAAUUCCCCAUAGCAUUCAAGUAUCCCUUCAUUUUCAUAAGUCUCUUGCGGGCAGACCAUCUUAAUUUCCCCCCCAACCCUGGGAUGGAGAGGGGGCAAUGAGGUUCUCCCACCAUCAAUCUAGACCUCAUUACAACCUCAGUAUCCACUUACACUUCCCCUAAAUGCUACUUGGGAUGUGAAGGCACAUGAUUUCAUUAAAAAAGCUGCUGGUAUUUGGUUAAAGAGUUCAGAAUUGUAUUUUUAUUUAGACAGUGGGAGGGAACUUAAAAAUCUGGGUUUGGCACUUGGAUUAUUAUAAAUCACUGUAUAAUGUAAGAUCUUGCCUAUAAACUAAUUGCCUUUUUAUUAUUUCAGGCUAUCCGUGUCACUCAUGAAUCCAGUGCCCAUGAAGGUCAGACUGAGGUAUUGAACUUAAUGUGUUUCCCCCCUGCAUAAAAUUUUGAGUAGGGAUCUUUCUGUAUGCAGUUUCUAACAAGUUGGGGGGGGGGUUUCUCUCUUUUCUGUAAAAAAAAAUUCUACUAGGUUGCUAAAAACUGGAAAAAGUGGUAUCUAUCCUGUAGGGAAGUAGCAAGGGUCCAUAUGGAUGUAUGAGAUAUAUAAAGUUACAAAUAUAAUAUGUUUCACUGGUAGCUGUUAUAUUAUACUGGCUCAUAGUUGUAAAGAGGCAGUGCUUAGGUCGAUGUCAGUUCAGCCAUUAAUUGUCUGAGUAAAAAGCCACUUCUGCCACCAGUAUGGUAAGGAUAAUACUAGUCGUGUUUUAUUAUAUGGGAUUUUUUAAAAAUGAGGCCUUAUAUCUGAAGAACCAAAUGCUUGGGGAAAGUGCUAUAUGAAUAUUAACAGGAAGCUUUUUAUUUAAUAUUGUAGAUGCAUGGACAAUCGUUUUCUUACCAUAGAGACAUUGUCUUCUUCCUACCCUUCCUCCUCAGUUCACACCAGCACAUACAUGAUGAGCACACUGUGAGCACAUUUAACGCUAAACGACACUCUUCUCUAAUCUAAUCUAAUCCGAUCCGAUGCGGUGAGACAGCUGUAGUUACAGGCUGGUGGCUGGGUUUUUUUUUUUUUUUAAAGACCCAUCUGGUACAAUCAAUGAUAAAAUUGGAAUGCUUCUAUUUUUUAGUUGAUUUCAGCAGGAUUUAGCCUUGUCUUUAAUUCUGGAUCGUGUCCAUUAGCCAUCACAAAUGGCAAGGUAUCAAUAGGUGAAGGUUUAGGCAGGAUACAUACAAUAAAACUGGUGUCCCACCUGUGCGUGCCACCUUCUUCUUCCUGGGCUCUUUGGGAUAGGGCUGAGGCGAAAGAAAUCCUGAGAGCAUUGGCGUGUUCAUGUGUUCUCUAGUUCACGAUGCGCUGCCUUGCAGUGGUUAAGCUUUCCUCAUGAGCGUUUGGCUACUAGAUGUUGGUCUCCCCUCAGUGGAUCGUUUCCAAAACUUUGUGCACCAAAGGCCCACGGACAGGCAAAAAGGAAACUUUAGUAUUUUGUAUUUAAAGAUAACAUGUAACAUUUAAGUUACAAUAAUAAAUUAUUAUUAUUAUAUGUAGCACAUUAGGCCAUCCAAAGAAUGGCUGCAUGCUUUGUCUCCUCGUAUCAUUCAUAUAGCGUAAUAACGGAAUGAAAUAAAUUUCAGCGUAUGCAGCCAGGUUUACUAAAUGCAGCAGAAACCAACAAUUUUUGUGUUGAUUUUAAUUUAGCAUUAUUUGCCUAUGCAUUGUGAAAAGAUGCAAUUAAGCACAAGGCCUGCUUACAGAUAUGUUUGAGCAAUGAUGGGGAGGGAAAGGUAAAAAUUGUAUCUGGCAGGCUGUAGGAUGGAGAACAAUGUAGUGCUGUUUACUAAACACUGAAAUGCUUCAGUUAUACGAUACAAUGUACAAUACGGUAUAUUUAUUGUUAUUGUCCCAUGCAGAACAAUGAAAUUGAAAAACUACAUAAAACUACUACAAAACUACAUAAAACCUACAUAAAACUACUACAAAACUACAUAAAACCUACAUAAAACUAUUACAAAACUACAUAAAACAUUCAAAAACCCCUAAAAACUCUGAAACCCCAUUUUUAAAUACACUAUACUAUAGAGACCCCUUAUGCUGUGUUUAGAACCAGAAUUGCAUUUGCGUAGAAACUGUUUCUCAGGCGGCUAGUCCUGGCCUUUAUAACCCUAUACCUUCUUGCAGAAGGCAGAAGCUGAAAGAGAUCAUUUCCGGGGUGCGUACUAUCCUGCGCUAUCUCUGCCGCUUUCUUAUGGCACCUGGCAGCAUAGAUUUGAUCUAAGGUGGGAAGAGUGCACCCAAUUAUUCUCUCUGCAUUCCCCAUUUUGGCUUUGCUUGCAACAGGUUAAAUGAAUCAUUACAGUGAAAACCUUGCCACAGGCGUAGCCAUGCUGGUUUUCGUAGCAAAAACAAUCAAGGAGCGUUGUGGGCACAGUAAAGACUAACAAAUAUUAACUGGGCUGGAGCACCCAAAAUCUUACGCUGUAAUUAUUUGUCAGUCCUUAAAGUGUCACAGGACUUCAGUGUUAGUAGCCUGGCUUGUACAUCACAUGAAACUAAAACUUGGUUUGGGGUGAAUGCACAGGGUCCUGAAGAUGAGCUUGCAUCUGCCUUGUUCCUCCCUGAUCCUUUGGGCUGCCAUGCCAAGCUAAGGUGUGGCUUGACUUAAUGUUUCAUUUGACCCCGGCCUGUGGUUUCGCACUCUCCAGACUAACCACAAGCUGUGUGAACCAGCCACUAACUAAAAUGGGCUGGGUGCCUGACCUUGUGAGUUUUUAAGUUGGGAAAGCCUCGUUUUAUUACUGGCUUACACUGUUUGUAUUACAAGGGUGUAGAAAGCAAAAUUGUGCUUGCGUAACCUCUAGGUGGGGAUACAAUACUAGGUGCUAAAAUAUGAAAUUCUAUUUGCCAGAUGCCUUUUUCCAUUUGCUAAAUGUAUACAAGUUGCUUUCUGGAGUGGAUGUGCAUGACUAAAAUUCAAAGCAUAUUUUCAUUGGGCUAUAUAUAUACAGUGGUACCUUGGGUUACAUACGCUUCAGGUUACAGACUCCGCUAACCCAGAAAUAGUGCUUCAGGAUGAGAACAGAAAUCGUGCUCUAGCGGCGCAGCGGCAGCAGGAGGCCCCAUUAGCUAAAGUGGUGCUUCAGGUUAAGAACAGUUUCAGGUUAAGAACAGACCUCCGGAAUGAAUUAAGUACUUAACCUGAGGUACCACAGUAUAUGUGUGUGUGUGUCCUAAAUUUAGUUAGGAAUCAUUACAAAAAAUCUUGACUAGAAAUUGUGACAGAGAGAUUACUUGUUGCAUUGUAUUUGAAACGGGCCUGAGGGAUUGCUGUAAUAGCCGUGCUACAAUGACUAUUUGUACGCUGGUACUGAAAAGAUGCUAUGCUAGCAUUAAACAGUGAUCCACUGGUAUGGAUGUCUAGAACACAUUUAGUGCUGCUGUUAAAAUUGCUUCCUAAUUUUCGAUGGUAGCAGUGCCAAUGGUUUUAACUGUGCUUGUAGUGAGCUGUGUGAUCAUGUGGUUCCUUCCCCACAUCUUCCUGUGCAGCAUGAAUUCCGCUCAGUUCACAUGUAACAUUAAGCCGAAUCAUGAAUAUAUGUGAAUUUUAGGCGUGUGGGCACUCACUGUAAUAAUCACAGCUGCUUUGCUCCACCGCCAAUUGCUGUGUUGCCACCCAUGGCUGACUUCCAGUUUUCAUAGCUAUGGUUUUAAGGGACCGUUUGAACCAGGCCAAUGUUUUGAUGGAAGCAAGGAAUCUUUAAGGUGCAAAUAAAUAUUUUGUAUAUCCCUACUGUGCUCCGGAGGGCUGGGCAAUAUUUUGAUUUUUAACAUUGCGAUAUAUCACCAGCUAAACUUUAUGAUAUAUUGACAUAUCAUGGUGUCUGAAGUAAACAUGGAACUGUGUAGAGGCUCAGUCUGGGAAAUCUUGAACUGUUAUUUCCAAAACACUUCUUCUAACAUGCUCAGAUGUAUGACUCUCUUCUGUUGCUUUUGCGCACUCAUCUUUUGAAGUUGGGAUUCUAGGAGUGCAUGGAUGCAAAGUUAAUCUUCAUGGUUUCCUCGUAAAACAAAAAACCCACAAAAAUAGAUUGGCAUAAGUUCAAAGAACAGCAGGUCCUUUGUUUGUAAGGUGAAAUUGCAUCCAAAAACUUGUAGUUAGCAGUUUCCUAUUUUACAAGGAAAGCUCAGAUAAUCCAUUUCUGUUCUAAAUACAGAAUUGCACUCUGCAUUGUGUAUAAUGUUCACCUGCUUGCCUGCAGAUUAGACUGCAUUACGCAUCCAAAUGGAAUAUGUGCUAUUCUCAGAAUAUUUGAUGUGAGGCAAGAACUUCCUAGGUGAACUUUUCCAUGGUUGCUAUAUUUUUUGCUCUGGGAAUCCCCAUAGCUCAGUGGCCUGGCAAUUUACUUUGCCUCCAGAAGAUGCCAGGUUGAAUCCGCAGCAUCUGGGAAAGCCCGACAGCUGCUGCCAGUCAGUGUUUUCAGUUCUGAGCUUGAUGGGCAAAAUAGUCUGAUUGGUUCCUUUAAAAAAAGAAAUUGCCUAAAACUUAGGAUUUCUAGGAAUAACAAUUAAUUAGUUCAUUACCAGAAAUAUUAAGUAAUUCAUCAUUAUUAGUUCUGGUUGGUGGGACAUAAAAUGGGUGCUGGUUAUGUACACGGAAUAUGUCUUAAAGUGAAGAGAACAGAUUUCUGUGGCAGCUCCCUACAGAUAAAUUUAAUGAAUGUGCGUAACUUACGGAUGGAGCUUGCUGCUAUGAACUUGCCCCCUGCAGGUUCAUUCAUAUAUAAACGAACAUCUGAAGAAGGCUAUGCAUACCUACAAGUGUGCAAUACACUGAUAUACUUGGCCCCAUUCACAUAUUCUUUGUGUAAUAUGCCGUUCACUUCCCCUUUUGCAGGUGGGUCAAAGCCCCCCCCCCCCAAAUAAAUCUCUCAAGCAAUAAGAUGUCUGAGAGACAGAAUGUUAACGGGGGAGCUUUUACCAUAAUUGUAUCCACAUACUAGAGAAGGUUGAUCUGUUGAAUUUCUGCCUGCCACACAGCUGUUAAAGCCACAAGAGCCCCGCUCUCCCUUGGUGCCUACCCUAAACCAUGCAAAUGGACUCAAGUUUCACAAGUUGUAAGCUACUUAUGCUACGGUACUGCUUUCAUCAAUUUAUCUGAGACCGGCAAUUUAUCUGAGACCAGGCAUGGUAUCUUACAUAGGUGGUGGUGCAAAAGGAGAUGAAAAGACACCCACAAUUUAUAGCAAGCAAGGUUCAGAUGCCAAUGCUUGGAUCAAAUCAAGAUUAAACUGUUACAAAGCAUAUUGUAAAAGCAUUGUUGCAGUUCUUAUUUAUACCUCAUAACAGCAUUGCUGUAAUUAUCAGCGGAGGCCAGAUGAACAUUCUCUUUCUUUAUUUUAACAGAAAGGAAUGGAGUCUUUGAUGUGAAUGCCCAUUUUAGUAUUCAUACCAGCAGCACAACCCACUUAAAAGGAUCUCUCUACUUUUCUGCCAGGGGUGAAGAAGCAUUUAAGAGUCCCCUCUCCCCACAUUGCUGCUGUGAUUGACAAUCCCACACAGCAGCAGUUCCCUAAAAGCAAGAUACUGAGUAAUAGCCAUGGGCUACACUGCAGGUUUGUCAUAUACAACUCUUGCAGACCACCUGCCCCAGCAAUGUUGUAUGGCUGUAUUGGGCUUCGUUCUAGAACUGAUGCCAGCUGCGCUUUCUUAACCACAAUACCCAGCUGCAACAUGGAUGAUGUACUAUAAUGCUAGAUUUAAUUUUUAUUUGCUGGGGUUUAUUUAUGUUUACAAACUGUAGAGGAGGGAGAAUAACUUUUUUUUUGCAUGAAAUUAAACCUCUGUUAGGAAGAAUACAAACUCUGUUGCUACCUUUUGGUUUUCAGUGGACAUCGAGUCAGCUACGCUAAAAUCAUGGAUUUUUCUUAGUUAUCUUCUUUAGACAGUAGUCUCUUCCAUAGCAGAGGAGGUGAAAAGAAAAUGGCUUCGGAAUGACCCACAAAGUCCAUUCUCCAAAUGUCUGGGAAAAGUCAUUCCUGGGUCAUUUUGAGGCCAUUUUCUGGUCUUCUGUUAGGUUUGUGUACUUUUUCUCUAAUACUUGUCAAUCACAGCUAUGACGGCACCCAUUCGAAGGGCAGGAGCAGGUGCAUAUGUCUGAAAGCAAUUGCUUCAAAUGGCGGCUGCUUGUUAACUUUUAUGUUCUGCACAGGCUAGAAACUUCCUUUUAAAAAGAAAAAGAAACAUCUUAGAGUGUGGGGCUCCUAGCAGCCGUGUGUGUGUAGACCAGCCAGCAACACUUUGUACAUAUUAACCUUGGAUUAGUGGAAAUUAUAUCCAGUGAAUUGAUGGCUAGGGGUUAUCUAAUAGUAUAAUUUAUGCAGUUUAACUGAAAUUUAACAUUGGGAAAUACAUUCCCAUUUUAAACCCUUAGCUUCCUAAUCAGUUUCUGCUACCUUACAAGUAUAAAAGCAGUGUGUUGGGUGGAUGGCCUUGUCUCCUGUCUUGAUGGGGCUCUUCAUUGCUGAUUUCCUGAAACUUGUUAUUCAGAGCAAAGUACACAUGCUGUAAAGUUAUUUCCUGCCAAGUGUUAACCGAGCUAAGUUAUUGCCUUGGCAAAGCUUGUUUUUAUUGUGUUUCUAGGCAAGCAAUUCACCCACCAGGAAAAUGAAGCCAAACCUCCCUUCCCAAAGAAGGCUGAGGUGUUCUGGAAUGCAGAGCUAAAUAUGUUAUCUAGCUUUGGCAUUUCAAUUAUGAGAAAACUUUGGGCAAUUCUUGAGUGAUAGGUCUGCAUUUUGCAACUCGCCCAUCAGGCUGUCAGUGAAACUUUGCCGGUUCCAAAAAGACGAAUGCGAAGUGAGCUGCCCAUUAGAGUAGCCUUUUAAUUUUAGGGCUCCCAAAGGACUUUAAGAUGACAAUCAUUGUCUUUCCUGCAUUCCACCAUGGAUUGCCCAAUCCCCCUUGCUGCUGCUAAAUUCACUGUAUUCCUCUCCGCUUGGCAGGUCGCAGGAGCAAUGAUUUACACGGGGGAAGGAGGUGUAUAGGGAUAAGCCUAGCAUUCACACUCCCUUUAGCAUCAGCUGUAGUAUAUAAUCUUCCAGUACUCAAAUUACAGUAUUAUUAUUUUUUAAUUGUGCGAUUUCUUGACCAGAUGGUACUCUCCUUGUUCUUCAACAGCUGUGUGAAAAAAGUUGUGCUAGUGUCAGUAACUCCUGUUGGAGCUGGAAUUGACUAGUGGACUCAUCCUUUUGAGAGAGGAGGAUAAACUUGAACCCUUCACCUUGACAGGCCUAUUUUCUACAUGCUUUAUGGGGAAAGUAUUCAAAUAUAUAAUCCCAUUCCCAGGUGACUUAAAUUUGUAGAACACAGGGAAAGCUCUACUGCUUGAUCCUGCUUGCUAUAUAAACUGGCCUUUACUAAACUCAAUUUUACUUACUUAUUUAAACAAUCCAUAUACUGUUUAACUACAGUGUCUCCAAGCGGAUUGCAAGGAUGGAAUACAAAAAAAACCACACAAAUCAGUUAAAACUAUAAAUUAAACUUCAGUUUAAAUACCUGCCGAAAUAAUAAUAAUAACAAAAAUCUAGGUGCCAUUAAGUUCAGUAAGGAUGGCACCUGUCUGUCCUCAAGUGGAAGGGACUUCUAUAAAACUGGGACCACAGUACUGGACAGCCAUGGGGGAACCAUUAACAGGGACUGCCCCCAAACACCUCCGUGAUCAGGCAGGGCUAUAAGGGAUUAGGUAACCCUCAAGGCAUCUUCAGGGUCUUGUAAAUUAAUACAAGAAACUUCCUUGGAACCUGGCCUGGUAGGGUAUGGGCUGCCUGUGCAAACUUUUGAGCACCAGAGGUACGUACUGGUGAUCAUCUGUCCCUAUCAGCAGUCUAGCCACAGCUUUUUUCACCUGCUGUGAUCAAGUCUUGAGGUUACCAGUGCAUGGUUCCCUGUGGCCAGAUUACCCCUGUCCCAAGAACAGGUUUAUUGGCUGCAGCUGGUAAAAAGCAUUCCUAGCCCCUGAGGCCACCUUGAGCUUCCAGUGACAAAGAUGGAUCCAGGAGCACCCCCAAAACUCCCAACCUGUUCUUUCAGAGGGAUCGCAGCCCUAUCCAGAACAGGUAACUGGUCAGUCUCCAGGACACGGGAACAACCAAUUCACAGGGCCUCUGUCUUCCCAGGGUUCAGGCCUGGCUUCCCUGCCCCCAUUUGGAUCCCACCUUUUGUGAUUUUCUCACUUAAAAACAAAAAAAGCAACUGAUCCUUGAGCUUCUUUUAUCAGGGAGACCAACUCUCACCAAGUGCCCCAGGUAGCAGAGCCUGCAGUUUUGCUGUUUGAAGGCUGCUAGUCUGCCUUUCCGGCCCUAGAGUGCCCAUCUCAUGAAGUGAUGAACCACACUAGAGCUUUCUUAUUUCUCUCCACCACCACCCCAUGCCCUACCUACCGCCACAUAACAGAAUAAUGGGAAGAUAGCAGACCCACAAGAAUUUAUGACACGGUGUCUGAAAUUGCAUUUGCAGGUGGUUUAGAUGAGCCUUGAUGUUAUGUAAGAUUAAGAGCAGCACGAACACAUUUGCCAUGAAAAAAAGAACAGCACAGCAAACGUUUAGAUCAUAACAGCUCUUAGAUAGCAUCAGUUAAAUUUCUGUCCCUUCGUAUGUGUGGGGCAGCUGUGGGGUCAGGUAGCUUCAGCUAAUGCAAAAUGCUACAGCUAGACUAAUGCUGGGAGCAAACUACUGUCAACACUUGACACCCGUGUUCAAAAGACCUGCAUGGUUUCUCAUCUGCUACUGUGCCAGGUUCAGGGUUUCUGUAUCGUCGUCCAAAGCCCUGAACAACUUAGACCCAGGGUACCUCAAUGAAUGUCUUAACCUGUAUGUCCUAGACCAACCCCUUAGAUAAUCUGGGGGAGUAGUAUUAGUGGUCCCCUACGAACCAGAAGCUUGAGUCACGUCAGUGGGGAGUAAUGUCUUCAGCGCUAUGGGCCUCACUCUGUGGAACUCUCUCCCAUUAGAAAUCAGGCAGGCACCGUACCUGCAACGUUUCAGGCAGUUUUAUUUCAGGAGACCUUUGCACCACGGACGCAAGUUCUGUUUCGUUCUGCAAUGUUUUAAGUUGUGUUUCUAAAUGUUACUUACAGUGUGUUUUUAAUUUUUUGUAAGCUGCUUUGAAACCCAGAUGGGGUGAAAAGCGGGAUAUAUUUUUAAAAAUAACAUGAGCAAAAACUGUACAGUGACCUCUAAAGCGGGUAAAGUUGUGUCUUCUUUUCUUUUCUUUUUAAUAUUUGUGUAGUCACCAUCAACCUCACCACAGCCUGAGUUUAGCCACUGCAAAAUGAAGGCUUCACCCUUGCGUCGCUCUGCUUCCUUGACCCUGAUCAGAUGCAAUCAUGUAGCCUCUGCAAAAGCCACAAGCCCUGUAAAGGCUACCAGUCCACCUGUCUCCCUCCAGCGCUGGCGGCCCACAAUACCCCUAUCAUCUAUUGGGCUCCAUUCUUUUGUAAGUGUAGUCAAUCUUCCAUCUCUUCUCUGCGGCAGGCGCCCUCGACAUUUAGGCUUAAUGGCGGGUCUCUUUGGCUCUGAAUUCCCUUAGGGCUUUUUCCAGUAGACGAAGCAUACUGUCUUAAAUCCUCAUCAGCAGGCAAAUAGCAUUAGGAACGUCUACUUCCCCCCCCAAAGAUUUUUCCCAUCUUCCAUCUGGUUUCUCUUAUCUCAUUGGUGCUUCGUUGGGUCUGCUAAUUCUUAGUUCUGUGCCAAAUCUGCUCCUAUCACAUCUGAUUGAAAGUCUCUCUGCUUUUUUCCAGGGCCCAGUGCUCUGCGCGCUUUGCAAUACUCUCCAGCUCUUCCUGAUCUAAAUCUUUCAUCAGAGAUGUACAAUAUGGCUUAAAUGUUGUAUUGGCAUUGCUGAUUGUUUACAUUUGCAGUAAAUAUAUGUAUAUUCUGGUUAAUUGUAAAAAUCAUCCAAUAUGAUCUUGAUCUUGGUUGAUCUUGUUCCUUUCUUUUGUAAAAACAGGCAUUUGAAUUAUACCAAUGAACAAAUAUUUUUCUGCAACUUAAACAAAAGGUGCUUAUCUUGUUUUCAAAUUUCCCUUGUCUUUUUAUGACUGUAUUAAACUGCAUUGUGUGUUCAAAUUCUAAUCUUUUUUACUUCUAGUUUGGGAGAGGCCUAGCUACCAGGAAGAGAGUCUGAACACUGUCUCUGUGUGGUACUGACAACAUGAAUAGGUUUUUAAAUUUCUAUUAAGAUGCUAACCUUUGGCUUAAAAUAGAGAGCUCGUAUAAGCAUUAAAAUUUUGUAUAAAUAAAGUUGAUGGGUGCUUAUUGCUAUUACUUCCAUAUUAAAAAGUUAAUAUACAGACACUGACCUACAUAAAGCUAAAAAUACCCUACUCUGGAUAAAUAUGUUAUGCUGUAACAGUUGGUUUGAUGGAGGAUGUAAAAUAUCUCAUAACCAACUCAGUAGCAGACUUUUGGAUAAAUUAAAAGAGCAGUGAUCUGAACUGAUGUAUUGUAAAGAGUAAACAAAUAUGGACCACAUAGACUCUUCUUUUAAAAUCAUCAAAGAAGGCAGUUGUCAAGAGAUAUGCAAUACUUUCAGAAAUUGAAUUAAACCAGACCCAAAUUCUCAUAACAAGAAGUGGGAUAAGGGAGUGCAUCAAUCUUAUUUUUUCUAUACAACAGAAACUCCUCUUUGGAACCGUGUGUAGACUACUAAGUGCUAACCAGAAGACAAACUUCUAAAAAAUCAAUAUAUUAGUGGUAUCUUUCAGCUCAAAGAUUAAGCAGGAUAUACAAGAGCAAUAGCACUCCACGGCAUCUUGACCAAACGAGAUGGAGGCAGGAUGGAGAAGGAUGUUCAUUCAUUGUGGAAACUCUUUUCCUUUGGCUGCAUGCUAGUACCCAUCCUUGUAGUUUUUUGGAAAGCUUGCUAAAUCUGUAAGACACUGAAUACUUUAGCACCAAGAACCUUUAACAAUGGAUGGUGAAUGGUCUUCUGUGAUCAGCUGGAAGCACAAUUAUAACUGACGGAGCUGUUUCCCCCACAAUCCUGUCUUUGUUACAUUUAAAGAUGUCCGCAGGAACCUGGGAACUCUGUUCAAACAGGGUUUGUGUUCUUUGCAUCUACGUGAUGCAGCCAUGGUGUGAAUGAAUCGAUUUAUUUCAGUCACUGGCCAGAGUGGAGCCAUGGUGUCACUCUGAAAUGAAAAAGUGAUCACCGCUACAAAAGUUUAUCUAUGUGCAAUGUCAGUUUGAACACAUCAACAACUUUUUUUGCAUCUCUGUGCAGACUCAUUGGCAUGAGUGAACACGUGGUGGAGGGGACAACAGGAGAGUCACAGGGAAGGCAUGAGAAUAUAGUGGUUUGGAAUUUGUCAUUACGAUUCUUAGGAAUAAGUGAGUGGGCAAGUGCCAUCAGUUCUAGAGAAAACGGCUGCUAUAGAAGCACUUACUGUCUAGUUAGAAACUGCUGUUCUUGUCUACACAGACACUAACUUCUGGAAAAGCUGGUGUAGAGCUAUACGUUUCAUCUUCACACAACUUUCAGGCCUGCUUUGUGUUAACGUAUUUGUAUACCUUUUUCUGAAAGUGACAUGAAUGUGGGACCGAAAAUCUGAGACAAUGAAAAUUUAAGAUCUGAAGGAGACCUGGAACUAAGAAAUGCUUUUGAAUGUCCUCUAAGACUAAAACUGAUAGGGUCUAGAAGAAACCUCUGCAAGUCCCCAAUGUGAUACUUCAUCAAAGGCACAAAGGUUACAUGCCCCUGUGUAAGUAAUACAGUGGUACCUCGGGUUACAUAUGCUUCAGGUUACAGACGCUUCAGGUUACAGACUCCACUAACCCAAAAAUAGUACCUCGGGUUAAGAACUUUGCUUCAGGAUGAGAACAGAAAUCGUGUGGCGGCAGUGCAAGGCCCCAUUAGCUAAAGUGGUGCUUCAGGUUAAGAACAGUUUCAGGUUAAGAACGGACCUCCGGAACGAAUUAAGUACUUAACCCGAGGUACCACUGUACAGAGUUUGAGUGCUAAGUACACGGCAAACUGCUUUGAGUCUUGAGGCACAACUGACCCCAAUAUAAUAUUGACUUCUGGGGAAAACAUCUUGAGACUAUACUCCUGACAACAUCCCCCUAUUUUUCCACAAUGGAAGUCGCUACAAUCUCAAAAUUAUAAGUUUGUUAUAAGAUUGGCAAUUAUAAGUGGCCAUGGGUGAAAAGUCAGCCAGACCAUGUUUCAUAUCCAUGCUUUUUCCACUUAACAUUCAAAGCAGGCGUGGACAUAUCAGUCACAUAGAUAGCAAUCAGUGGGUCGUGUGAGUUUUUCUGUGCAUUUCCUGCACACUUUGUGCAACUUUGUAAGCCACUAUCGCAUCUCCCCUUUAGUUGUGUCUUCUUCCCCCACAAAAAUAGAGUUGCAAACUAUAUAUUUGCGCCUCUUUGCAGAAAAAGGUGUCCCAUCCUUUGAUUUUUUUAUUCUCUUUUAACACUUUCACAACUCUUACACAAAUCUUUCAUCUCUACAGGGAGCUGCUGUUCCAAUCUAGAAAUGAAUGUCUCUAGCCUGGACACUUGUGCUAUUAUAUCUGCAAAUGACACUGUCAUAACAUUACAUUAGGUUUGUAGUGUUCUUAACGUGUGCCGUCGGCAUAUUGUUGCAAAAGCUAUGUACUAACCCAGAGUUUUUGGCACUGAAAUGCUUCUUGCAUCAAUGAGAACACUUGGAAUACCUUUUGGCAGAAAUGUGAGACUUCUAAAAAAUGGAGUUAAUUUUAACCAGCUUCUGGAGCUGUUGCCACGAAGAACAGUGUAUUUUGGAUGUCUGUUAGACCAAUACUUGGUGCAUAGGUGGAGUUAAAUUACCAUGAUAUAUUUGCUUCAGUUGACUUAUACAGCCAUUCUGUGUUUCUAAUUCUUAAGCUGUCAUACUGGCUAUUUUGUUAAAAUUGGAUUAUCAUUAUUCUAUACCACCCUUCAUCCAAAGAUCACAGGGCAGUUUACAAUAUAAAAACUUCAUUUUAGCUUUUGUUUUGCACGGGGGCGGGGGCUGUAGUAUAAUGAUCAAUAGCAUUUUGUAAACUGUGGCUGCAAAAUGCCCAAUAAAUAGCCAUGGCCAAUUUUAUUAUUUGUUUAGAAAUAUUUGCACCCCACUAAUGCACCAAAGGGCUCACAAAAGUGGCUUACUAAAAAUCUCACAAUAAAAAUAGCAUUUUAAGUCUAGUAUUGGGAUCAGAAACAACAUAGUUCCCUAUAGUGCCAGGAUUAUUCAAGUACCGUUUCGUAUCACCAUCCUCUGUUUUUCCUGGUGUUGUCCUGUGGCCGUUGCCUGAUAACCAGCCCAGCAAAACGGAAGCUGUAUUUUUGUUAGGAAAGGACUAUUUCAGUAUGAGAUUAUGUAUACAGACUCAAAACACAAGAGUUUACAGUGCAAUCUUACGCCUUAGCUGCAGACCUCAUUGUGUUCAGUGGGGCUUGCAUCUGUCAGGUGUGUAUGAAAGGGAGAGGGCAUACUUUUGUCUAGUGUGAAAAUUUAUAUAUUAGCCCAAAUUUCAAGUGUAUGUAUGUGUUAAAGUACAUUUUUUGUAGGUACAGUAGUGGCCAAAGUACCAUCUUCACCCUCCAUUCCUUUGAGACAGGUCUCUUCUCUCUCCAGUACCAAAGUUCUCAAAUGAGAGGUGCCAGAAGUCAAGCCUGGACAGAACCAAAACCAACCCUAGAAGCUGGUUCAGUCUUGAGGAACAGUGCGCUUUUCUUUAUUUAGAAGCUCAUGUCUUUUAUACUUCACAUGUAUUGUUCAAACCGGGUUCAUAGGUUGAGCCCUGGCUCGGGUUAAGUUCUUCCCAACUGGGUAGAGCAAGAGUUUCAGCUCCUACUAAUGACUUGCAUGCAUGUUGUAUUCUGUCGCAGGCACCCAGUAUAGAUGAAAAAGUAGAUCUUCACUUCAUCGCAUUAGUAAACAUUGAUGGCAAUCUCUACGAGUUGGGUAAGAGCAAUCCUUCUCUUUCAAAACGGAUCAUAUUAUCAUCUACUUAAUGCUUAAUUUUUGAUAUUUUUACCUCGGGUGUAUAGCCUGCCUGCCAAGAAUGGAUAGUGAUUAUAAGAUCGUCCAGUAAAGAAUUCUCAGUCAAGUAAUUAUGUUCUGCCUUUCAAGAACCACAGUUAAGAGGAAUGGAAGAAUAUUGGAACAGCUAGUUUUGAAAGGGGAAAGCUGUUAACCUGAUGAGCAGGCCUCCGUUUUAGUUCAUAAUUUGUUUCUGAUUUUUUUAAUGUAUGAGUUGGUAAUGGUUUUUCCCCUACCUUGAAUAUGCCAUUGAUUUAGAGUGACCUUUUGAAGAUGUAUGUUGUCUUCCAUGAGCCUGUAUAAAGUGAAGUCAUAGGAAACUUGCAAUUGCAAACCUUGCAUGUGAAAAAGGCUGUGGAUUCAGUCCCCAGAAUAUCUGAUCAAACAAUCUCUAGUAACAGGGUUAAGAAGAGGCAGUUGCCUAAGACCUCAGAACUUCUAAUACUCAUUAGUACUGUUUCCUUAGUAUAACUUUGGUUUGAAUCCAUAGCACCAAAACUGUACAUCCAAAGUUUCCUAAGAUCUCCUCUUAUUGUACUGUCCUUUUGUGCCUUAUUUAGUCUGUUCAGAUUGUUUGCUUUUUGAAUCCUGGAAGACCACCUAAACACAAAACACUUACACUUUGCCACAGAAAAUAUGCUCUUUAUAUUUAUAGAUAACAAUUUACCAGAAUAGACUAGGGAACAGAAUAAUAAAAAAAAAAACUUAGCUUGGAAACUGUGUGUGGUCAGCUCUAGGUCUGUGGAACGCAACCAAGAAUGUGCAUUGCGGAACUGCCUCUUGGAGCGCUGCGUAUAUAGAAGUCAACCAUUGCAGUAAACACAUCGAAAAUGUCUAAAGUGCAUACCUCAUAUGAAAAUAAUUUAGGGAUUUGUCUGUGAUGGAAUAAAAAUAGCUACCAAACUAAAUGAAUUUACACAAGAAACUGAAAACUGGGAAAGGAAGACAAAGUCUUUCCCGGCAUAUUUAAUGGAAGCUGAGAAGUUGGCUUCAUGAAUUUGGCUGUCUAUGUUGGAUAGCUUUAAAAAGUAAUUGCCAUGGAGGAUCGGCCAGUUACUAUUAAUCAGGUAGUUAAAUUGUGCCUCCAUACUUAAUGGCAGUGAAUGUCUGAAUUUCUAAAACCAAGCAUAGAAGGGCCUUUGCCUUUGUGUCCUGUUUGAACUUGGAGGCAUGUCUCUGGUCCCUAGUGGUGGCAAUGGGAAGCUAGUCUACAGGGGAUCUUGAUUCAUUUUAUAGUAUGUUAGCAUGAAAAACCCAGUAGCUUUCCAUUUGAUUUGAUCUGUGUACAUAAAGGAAGAACUAGAACAAUGCCCAACUCUGUCGGUGGAAUUGGUAUAUGCUGUUAAUGCAUAGUCAUUCACAUUUUUGUUCCAACAAGCUUUUGCAGCUGGAUGAAUAGGUCUCUGCCAUAGUUCAUAGAAUCAUGGAAUUGUAGAGCUGGAAGAGACCCUGAAGAUCAUCUAGUCCAACCCCCUGCAAUGCAGGAAUUUGUAGCUAUCCCAGAUGUCCAUUUUCUGUUGUUUCUAAACUUCCUGUUUUGUUUAGGGGGGGUUUUUUGUACAGUUUUGUAACUUUUUUUAGCAGGGCUUAUUGCAUGUCAUACAUUGCCUUGGGACAUAUGUUGUGGAAGGUGAUUAAAUAAUGAUGAUGAUGAUUUUAAACCUUGGCGACUUGUACAAAUUUAACUAUAGUACUUAAUUUUUCCUAGCCCUGUUAUUUCAUUGUACGUAUAGUGGGGAAAAUAUCAAAGGAUUAAAUGACCUUAAAACUUAUUUUAUGGGAUCACGUGAGGUGUACUAUUUGCCCCAUGAGGAAGAUUGCCGUGUCAAAUUUACUACUUAAUGUUUCUACAAAAAUUCUUAAGAAUUUUCUUUCUGUGUUUUCCAACAGAUGGACGGAAGCCUUUCCCAAUAAACCAUGGGCAAUCUAGUGAUGACACUUUUUUAGAGGUAGGAAUAUUGUUUCAUAUCAACAGACUUUGACACUUAUUAUAGCAGAGCUGUUGUGGGUGGUAUGAAGUAUUUACUAUGUUAUUUUGUGAAACUGCUGUUGUAGAAUAUAGUACAAAUUUAGAUGAGCUUCAAAUUGCCAGUACUGCUAGAAGCUGGGCAUACUGAAUAUUGUUUUCUGCUUCAUAUUAUCUUUAUGAUCAGUCUUCUGAUCAGUCAAAAUUCCUGGUAAACAAAGGCAGAACUGUUCUCACCGUUCCUAAUGUUAGUUAGGCAAUGAUUGAUCAAUUUCAGUUGUGUUUGUUUUGCAAAAUAGAUGACGCAUCCUUAUCCUUUCUUUCCUCUUACUAGGAUGCGGUAGAAGUAUGCAAGAAAUUCAUGGAACGUGAUCCAGAUGAAUUAAGGUUCAAUGCAAUUGCUUUAGCAGCUGCCUAAAUUAUUCUUGCACAAGGACAGAAACUGCCUAAUGUAUUGUAACAGAAUAAUGCUUUUGCCAUAAAUCAAUGAUCCAGUUUUUGAUACCAUGAAAAUAACAUGUUGAUGUGGAUUAAACUUCAAAUUUGUCCUUUA